GAGCAUGCUACGCGAGCAGAGCUUUUAGUUCUUGAUGUAGUCAUAAAUUCAAGGGCCGAAGUUCAUCACAGUCUCAUCAAGACUGUGGUCGAGAUCAACAGAUUCGCGAAGAGACGGCAGAGACGCCGGUAAACCUGACACAGGUUUAUUUAGGAAAAAGAUAGUCGCAAGACAUGGUAAAUGUGACGAAGGGCAUUUUGGUCGAAUGCGAUGCGGCUAUGAAACAGUUUCUUCUACAUUUGGACGAAACAUCUGCGCUGGGGAGAAAGUUCAUAAUUCAAGACCUGGAUGAGAGACACCUGUUCAUAUCCGCCGACAUAUUGGAAACUUUGCAAGCAAAAGUGGAUGAUUUGAUGGAUCAGAUAUCAUUCCCGCUGACAGAAAAGGGUGUAUAAAAGAGAAGGGACA